AUGUCUCACCGACCUCUAGACAUGAUCAAGCGCGAGCAGCGCGCCGCAGACCGCGCGCCUCAUCUGAGGACGCGCAAAUAUGGUCCCGUAACGGACACCAUUGACUCGCUCGAUAGUAUCGGCGGCGUCUACCAUCAUGGCGGCCCCUAUGAUGCCACCUUAGCGUCUCGCAACCGCAACAAGAGAUACGCGCCUGUUGAGGCUGUCAAAGAGUCUAACAUGGAAGCCCUGAAGGCUACGCCUCGCGAAUACAUUCAAGACUCCCUGGAAAAGCAUGUGCCGUUGCAAGGUACCGGCCUCAUUCCCGCCGGAGGCACUGACAUGAGCGGCAACGUUAUGAACUAUGAGGAAGGAGCCGAUCUCAUGCGUGAGCCUAAUAGCCAAGGUGGUGCGUACAAGAGAUGGGAUGGAAUUCAAUACCACCCUGAUGAUCUGAAGGGAAAGGGAGAGCCUUCUUACACCUACGAGAGAGAUCUUAAGGAGAAGAAGCGUAUGCGCAAGGCGUCUCUCGGCAAUAGCCCCGCAGAAUACGAGAUGCGCUCCGGCGUCAACGCCCAGUCACGUAAGGACAACGGGGCAAUGGUACGUCAGCGCAGUGUCAGCAAUGCUGCAGACGGAAGACCCGGCCCCUCCGAACUGCCCAAGGGACAAUCCAACAGCGCCGACGUUCAUCGUCACAAUUUCGGCGACAGCCUGAAGCGUCGUUUCGGUAGCAUUCGUCGCAAGAAUCACGCUGCGGCGUAG